CAGGUUUGUAAGUCAUGGAUCCAGAUCUCACCAUCGUCCUUCUGGGAAAUUCUGGAGUUGGUAAAAGUGCUUCAGGAAAUACCAUUCUGAGAAAACAAGUAUUUGAUUCAAGACAAUCCUCCACAACAGUGAAAAACCAAAUCUCCGAAGCAACCGCAGAUGUUUUUGGGAAACGUAUCUUGGUGGUCAACACUCCAGGAAUAUUUGAUGCAGAGGAGGACAUUAAAAGCAAGUGUCAGGACCUCCUGCGGUCCUCUGUACCUUGUCUGUUCCUGGUGGUUUUCAGGGUUGAACCGUUCUCCAACGAGCAUGAGAAGGUUCUGGAGGCAGUUUACAGAUUCCUCUGGCCUCAGGGGUUCAAGAACUGUUCCCUGCUCUUCAUAGGCAGCAAUGCUUUACAGGACAAGUCCUUGGAAGAUCGUGUCUUUGGAGAUGAACCUUCACCACUCGUCCCAACAUUUUCAGGGAGAUGUUACCUGUUCAAUGAGAAUGGAGGAGAGGAACAAGUCAGAGAGCUGCUGGAGAAGUCCGGCCACCUCAGUACCCCAGGAAACUCUGCCACUGCCACAGAUCCUGAGAAGUUACCAUUGAAGAAGCAGAAGCCUGAGGACCAAGAGAAGGAAAAACUGGAAAAACUAAAAGAGGAACUAAGAAAUUUGAUGCCAGAACAUUUCAAUCAAGCUGAACGUUUGUUGGAGAAAUGCUUUAACAAAGACCCAGAGGAAUUUGUUGACUUCAUAAAAUGUAUAAAAGCUCCACAGAAGAAAGCUGACAAAGGAUAUUUUUGGAAUAAAGUGAAAGUCCACUCGAUCUCUACUGGUCGUACCUGUGGCGCUGAUCAGGCCAUACUGGAACAAGUGAAGCUUAAUAAAAGGCUUCUAGAAACAAAGGUGGAGACCACGGACCUGCAGAAAUGUGACGUCAUCAUCGUCUUCUGUCCAAUCACGUCACGUACUGGAUCAGAUGUGGAGGCAGCCAUGAGAGAUGUUCCAGGUGGUAAACCUGUUGUUCUAGUGCUGAUGCAUCACACCCGAGAUUUCGACUUUUCAAUUGAUGUGAAAAGAUGGUCUGAAAACUAUCAGAGCGUCGCGUUGGAUGUUCACGUUCUCUUCCACGAGACUCUGCAGGGAUUACUGAAGUGUAGGAGAAACGAUGAGGCAAUCAAACAGAUCCAUGAAGAGUUAAAUAGACACAGUAGAUCUGGAUUCUUGAACUUUUGGGGCAACAAGUAACUGGGUGGGGAUCUCUGGUACUGCCCUAGAAUGGUUUUCAUCCUACCUGUCAAAUAGGCAGUUUUGUGUGUCUGUAAACAACUAUGUCUCUUCGUUCUGUCCAGUUAAAUAUGGU